AUGGAUACUAAGGAUGAAAAAGAGCUCACACUUGAAGAAAAGCUUGAGAAUGAAAUCCUACACGAGGUUGAGGCCGGAUUUCUAUUCAACCUAAUAGUAUGGCCUAUUCUGCUGGUUUAUUUUGGGGUAACUUUCGCUAAACUCGCCAACUCGGUUGUUCCAUAUCAAUUCAUAGACGAGGUCUUUCAUGUAAAGCAAACCAUCCAGUACAUUGGGGGCAACUGGAAAACAUGGGACCCGAAAAUUACAACGCCUCCCGGUCUUUAUGUUCUCGGAUGGCUUAAUUACAAGUGGCUGCGACUACUCACUUCAUGGAGUUCUCUUACAAUUCUCAGGCUCACAAACCUAUUUGGCGGCAUGAUUAUACUACCGUUAGUAGUUUUGAGGCCACUUUUUCUCUUUAAUGCGAUAGGAUUCUGGCCAGCCUCCCUGAUAUGCUUCCCGUUAAUGGCCUCAUAUUACUACUUGUAUUACACAGAUGUGUGGUCUUCGAUAUUCAUUCUUGAGUCUUUAACACUGGCCAUAACUUUACCUUUCGGCGAGACUACCAGCAUUUGGCUAAGUGCUUUGAGUGCACUCGUUAGUUGUCUCUUCAGGCAAACCAACAUUGUGUGGAACAUAUUUAUCAUGGUAGUGGUCAUAGAGAGAAGGGCACUUAUCCAUAAGGACUUCAACAACGUACACUUCAACAACUACCUGAAAUUUAUAAUUCAUGCCCUGGAGAACUUCAAGCAAGUAGUGUUGCCAUACGGCUUGAACCUUAUGCUUUUCGCUAUGUUCGUUAUUUACAACCGGUCCCUCACAUUAGGCGAUAAAGACAAUCAUACAGCAGGAAUUCAUCUGACCCAGAUGUUUUAUUGUAUUACCUUCAUCGCGUUUUUCAGUGCACCACUGUGGAUCUCGAAAGCAGGUUUAGACUACUACCGCUUCAGGGUUCAAGCUAAAAAAUUUAGAACAUUUCUGGAGCUUUUGGGGAUUAUGCUGGUAAUAAGGUUUUUCAGCGUUGUCCACCCCUUUCUACUUGCUGAUAAUCGCCAUUACACGUUCUAUUUAUUCAAGAAAGUCAUUGCCAGAAAUUUUUGGUUCAAAUAUCUGUUGAUGCCCUGGAUUUAUCACUUCUCGACGUUGAAUUAUAUUGAAAUUAUGAGACAGAAAGUUAUGCAUUUCCACCCAAUUUUACCCAUCGAGAUUAAGAGCCCAGUGGAACUUCCGGUUCAACUUACCCACAUUUCUUGGACAGCAUUGAUCAUUUGCACAUUUAUGACCGUAGUCCCUUCCCCUCUCUUUGAACCUCGGUAUUAUAUCCUUCCCUACUUUUUCUGGAGACUGUUUGUAACACCUACCUCUGACAGCAUUUUGGACAAUUCGCCAUCAGAGAGCGAGCUGAAAUAUUGCAAGAGACUUGCCCUUGAGUUCGGCUGGUUUAUGUGCAUAAACGUGCUAACUCUCUGUGUUUUUGCCCUCCGCUCUUUCAUGUGGGAGGAUGAAGUCAACCCUCAGCGAGUUAUAUGGUAG